CCUCCUUCUCGUUCAACAUGACAGAUGCCGCUGUGUCCUUCGCCAAGGACUUCCUGGCAGGUGGAGUGGCCGCGGCCAUCUCCAAGACAGCGGUAGCGCCUAUCGAACGGGUCAAGCUGCUGCUGCAGGUGCAGCACGCCAGUAAGCAAAUCACUGCAGAUAAGCAGUACAAGGGCAUUAUCGACUGUGUGGUUCACAUUCCCAAGGAGCAGGGUGUCCUGUCCUUCUGGUGUGGUAACCUGGCCAAUGUCAUCCGAUACUUCCCCACCCAGGCUCUCAACUUUGCCUUCAAAGAUAAAUACAAACAGAUCUUCCUGGGUGGUGUGGACAAGAGGACCCAGUUUUGGCGCUACUUUGCAGGGAACCUGGCAUCAGGUGGCGCUGCAGGGGCCACGUCUUUGUGCUUUGUAUACCCUCUUGAUUUUGCCCGUACCCGUCUAGCGGCUGAUGUGGGUAAAGCUGGCGCCGAAAGGGAGUUCAGAGGCCUCGGUGACUGCCUCAUUAAGAUCUACAAGUCGGAUGGGAUUAGGGGCCUGUACCAAGGCUUUAAUGUGUCUGUGCAGGGUAUUAUCAUCUACCGAGCUGCCUACUUCGGUAUCUAUGACACUGCAAAGGGAAUGCUUCCAGAUCCCAAGAAUACACACAUCUUCAUCAGCUGGAUGAUCGCUCAGUCCGUCACAGCCGUGGCUGGAUUGACUUCCUACCCAUUUGACACUGUCCGUCGCCGCAUGAUGAUGCAGUCAGGGCGCAAAGGAACUGAUAUCAUGUACACAGGCACACUUGACUGCUGGAGGAAGAUUGCUCGUGAUGAAGGAGGCAAAGCUUUUUUCAAGGGUGCAUGGUCCAAUGUGCUCAGAGGCAUGGGUGGUGCUUUUGUGCUUGUCUUGUAUGAUGAAAUCAAGAAGUUCACAUAAGUUAUUUCCCAGUUUGUUUCCCCCUGUGAACAGGCAUGUUGUAUUAUAUAACAUAUCUUGAGCAUUCUUGACAGACCGUUGGCUGUCUGUAUCAAUGGCAACUACCUACUGGUUGAAAAUGGGAGCAAUAAUAUUCAUCUGGCCAGUUUUCUCUUAAAGCCAUUUCCAUGAUGAUGAUGGGACUCAAUUAUAUUUUUUAUUUCAGUCACUCCUGAUAAAAUAAAAAAAUUUGAAGAAAUAAAAAUAUCUGAAA